CGCCCACUGUAAUUGCCUCCGACAACCGUGCGAACGUGUCGGGGCUGUACGCAUGGCACUGUGGUGUCACUCACAGCUUGUUCCUCGAGUCUGGUUUGACCAGUCGCCGUCCACACUACGCAGGCAAGGCAGCCAUGUCGGAGGAGAGCGAGUUUGAGAAGACGCUCGCUUCAAUUGGAGGUAAAGAGAGGAUCUAUUUGGUGAGCGAUGCAGCAGAAAGGAAUGAUGAGGGAGGGAGCGAUGCCGACGUCCUGCAGGAGUUCAUCGGCGAUUUGUUAGGCGACCAAAGGCCCCUUCCAACCCUCUGUGCGGGCGAGCUCGGCCACGUCUGUCAAAAGGGCCACGGGGACAAGCCUCCCCAGGGGACUACCGACGAUAUAAACUCGGGAGCCUGCCCGCAUGGCACUCAGAGGACAAUUAUCAAACAGACAAGAACCAUCGAUUGUCCCGCUAUAGUGUUCAUCUUCAGACAGAAUUUCAUCAGCGACGUGAGCUUAAAGGAGGUCCUUAAAGACGUCCGGGCGCGCACCAAAGGAGCCAGCAUCGCUGUGCCGGCCUUGAUUGGAUUAGUGCGCCUCAAAUCGGGGGAGAGCGACGAGAGCCGCCGGUGCGUCCUUCAACUGGAGACGCUCAUCCGCAAGGUGUUCCGGCAGCAUCCGUCGGACGCGGUCUGGGUGGGCUCGUUCAUCCCCGGUACUCCGGACAACGUACUCGACAUCAAGAAGAACGUCUGUCGAGUCAUAGCCUAUUCUCAAACCGCAGAUAUUACCCAGGAUCACAGGAACCCGCUUUUGUGGCCUUUCCAGUGUUUGCUCAGGUCUAAUAGAGGAGGGGCAGCCAACAGUCCCCCAACCAACAAGCAAAGAGGUGACUCUGGAAGUGUAGAUGAGAGCAUCCCCUUGAAAAGUAAUUACAAGUCUGCUGGACCUAAUGAAGAAUCACUCACAACAGACGCUUGACCAAGAGCCCGAUACUGUGAACAAUAAUGUUGGAACAAGAUGCUGUCAAGAGACAUCGGUUUGUCUGGUGCUCAAGUUUCUCAGUCCUGAGCCAAACGGCUACAAUGUAAUACUGACAUGCCUUAUCAUGACAUUUAAAUGCCACCUUGCAUAUGUGCACACUUUCAAGAAAGUACAAUCAGUUAUCAUGCACAAUUUUAUUACUAGUUGAACAAAACUGCUGUUAUGGAAUUUGUGUUAAAGUUAUUUGAGCUACUGAUAGUCUCCAAAAUUCAUUAUCAACAGUUAUAUUUUUGUUAAAAAGCCUCUCAGAAUUGAAUGAUUGUCUUUUGUUUCACAGAAUUCUUUUUUUUUUUUUAAACAUACUGUGCCUUAGAUUUGUGCUUUUGACAACUGUAGAAGUUAACAAAUUUGUUAUAACUAUUUAUUAGACUUAUGGAUUCUGCGUUACUAUUUGAAUAAAAAAUGUCCACCAUUUUG